AUGAAUAGCUACGCCCCAACCACGCGAAAUGUCGACCUCACAAAGUCCGAGGGGGAGCUUGCGAUCAAUAUCCGGAAAGCCACGAGUAUUGAGGAGACGGCUCCGAAAAGAAAGCAUGUCCGAAGCUGCAUCGUUUACACAUGGGACCACAAGUCGUCUGGGGCAUUCUGGGCCGGCAUGAAAGUGUUAGUUGGUACCGCGCAACCGAUUCUUGCAGACGAAGUACAGACUUUUAAGGCUUUGAUUACGGUCCACAAGGUCCUGCAAGAAGGCCAUCCGUCGACUCUUAGAGAAGCAAUGGCAAAUCGGAGCUGGAUUGACAGUCUGAACAGAGGAGGAGCGCUAGGAGAAGGAUUGCGAGGAUAUGGUCCACUGAUCAAAGAAUACGUGAAUUUCCUGCUUGCGAAGCUAUCCUUCCAUUCGCAACAUCCAGACUUCAAUGGGACAUUCGAAUAUGAGGAAUAUAUCAGCUUGAAGGGGAUCAAUGACCCCAAUGAAGGCUACGAGACCAUUUCCGACCUGAUGGCACUGCAAGAUAGAAUCGAACAGUUCCAGAAAUUAAUCUUCUCGCAUUUCCGGAGCGGUGGAAACAAUGAGUGCAGGAUCUCCGCCCUGGUGCCCCUUGUGCAGGAGACUUAUGGAAUUUACAAGUUCGUCACGAGCAUGCUGCGGGCUAUGCAUACGACAACUGGAGAUGAUGAGGCCCUGGAACCCCUCCGAAGCCGUUAUGAUGCCCAGCAUUACCGCCUGGUCAAGUUCUAUUACGAAUGCUCGAACCUCCGAUACCUCACAAGUCUAAUCACCGUCCCAAAACUACCCCAAGACCCUCCGAACCUCCUCUCUGAAGACGACGCUGCCCCAAGAUUGCCCCAGCGGCCGAAGCAAGAAAUUGAGAGGCGAAUCACACCUCCGCCAGCCCCAAAAGCAGAUGAGCCGGAUGACAUUGGAGAGUUCUGGAAGAACGAGCAAGCGCGACAGAACAGAGAAUAUGAGGAGCAGCAGAGAGUUCUGGAGGAGCGACAAGCCCAGCAGCUGUAUGCGCAGCAACAGGCGGCUCUCCAAGCCCAGCGUGACUUCGAGGAGCAGCAACGGCAGCUGGCUGAGCAGCAGAGACGAGAUCAAGAAGCUCUUUUGAACCAGCAAUUCCAGCAGCAAACACAAGGUCGCAUGGCACAGCUGGAGCAAGAGAACUUCGAUGCCAGAGCACAGUAUGCACGGGACCAACUCAUGCUCCAGCAGUACGACCAGAAGAUCAAGGCGUUGGAGGGCGAGCUUAGCCAGCUGCAGAAUAGCUACGGCCAGCAGAUGGGGAGUAAGGAUGACCAAAUUCGGGCUCUUCAGGAGCAAGUCAACACCUGGCGCACAAAAUAUGAGGCUCUUGCCAAGCUGUACUCGCAGCUGCGUCAUGAGCAUCUGGAUCUGCUGCAGAAAUUCAAGGGCGUGCAACUGAAGGCUGCUUCUGCUCAAGAAGCAAUCGACAAACGGGAGAAGCUUGAGCGCGAGGUCAAAACUAAAAACCUCGAGUUGGCUGAUAUGAUCCGGGAACGAGAUAGAGCUAUGCACGAAAAAGAUCGCUUGACCGGUGGGAAUCGCGAGGAGCUGGAAAAGUUGAAGAGGGAGUUGAGGAUGGCACUCGAUCGGGCUGACAACUUGGAGCGGAGUAAGGGCAACGAGCUCUCUUCCAUGCUCUCCAAGUACAACCGAGAGAUGGCGGAUCUCGAGGAAGCUCUGCGGAAGAAAUCCCAGGCUCUCGAGGAUGUGCAUAAUAAGUACAGCGAGGGUGGAUCAGAUGCCGAGCGCUUGCUGCGGGAGAAGGAGGACGAGCUGGAGGUCUACAAGCAAAGUCUGGAUGAUACUCUCAUUAGACUAAAUGAGCUGGAGAUGUCCAAGGGUGACACAGACAAGGCUCUAGAUGGUGAGAUUGAUGCCAUGCUUCUUUCCAACAUCGACAAGCUCAACGAUAUCAUUGACUCUGUACUCCAAAGUGGUGUUCAGCGAGUCGAUGAUGCCCUCUACGAGUUGGAUUCCUCCAUGCAGGCUGGAAACCAAAAUGCUACACCCUCGUAUGUCCUCUCGCAGAUUGAGAAGGCUUCCUCGAGCUCCAUGGAGUUUGCAACAUCAUUCAACAACUUCAUUGCAGAUGGGCCGAGCAGCAGCCAUGCGGACAUCAUCAAGAACGUCAACGUCUUCUCAAGCUCUAUUGCGGAUGUUCUAAGCAACACCAAGGGUCUAACAAGACUCGCCACGGAUGACAAGAAGGCAGAUCAGCUCACUAACGGUGCACGUCAGUCGGCGCUGUCUACCGUCAAGUUCUUCCGCGGCCUCCAAAGCUUCCGACUCGAUGGCAUGGAUCCAAUGCAGAAGACUGAUGUGGUCAUCAACAGCAAUAACGAGGUACUGAUGAAUCUGCAGAAGCUCAGCAAGCUUGCGGAUUCGUUUGCGCCCAGCAGCGGCAAGCUGAACACAAAGGGCGACCUGGGUGACCUAGUAGACGACGAGCUGAACAAGGCUGCUAAUGCCAUCAAUGCCGCUGCAGAGCGCCUCGCGAAGCUCAAGUCCAAGCCCAAGGACGGCUACUCGACCUACGAACUCCGCAUCCAUGACUCGAUCCUCGACGCCGCGAUCCAGGUGACAAACGCCAUCGCAAGACUGAUCAAGGCCGCCACGGUCACCCAACAGGAGAUUGUGCAAGCAGGUAAAGGAACAUCCUCCAAGAGCAGUUUCUACAAGAAGAACAACCGAUGGACGGAAGGUCUCAUCUCUGCCGCCAAAGCUGUCGCUACUUCGACCAAUACCUUGAUCGAGACGGCAGAUGGUGUUCUCUCCGGCCGCAACAGCCCCGAGCAGCUCAUCGUUGCCUCGAACAACGUUGCGGCCUCGACGGCACAGCUGGUAGCUGCUAGCCGAGUCAAGGCUGGCUUCAUGAGCAAGAGCCAGGAGUCCCUGGAGCAGGCGAGCAAGGCUGUGGGUGUUGCGUGCCGAUCGCUUGUGAGACAGGUGCAGAGCAUGAUCAAGGACCGCGACCAGGAGGACGAGAAGGUCGAUUAUGCCCAGCUGGGUGCGCAUGAGUUCAAGGUGCAGGAAAUGGAGCAGCAGGUCGAGAUCCUCCAGCUGGAGAACAAUUUGGCGGCGGCGAGGCAGAGAUUGGGUGAGAUGCGGAAGGUGUCGUACCAGGAGGAGUAG